UUCAUAUAUGGAAUAUUCUUUUAUUCAAAGCAUAUUCUCUGGAGAACUAAUUUCUACCCUUCAAUGUUUGAAUUGUAAAAAAAUUACAAAGUCUGUUGAAUAAUUCUCAGCGUUAUCCCUAGAGCUCCCUGAAAUUAAACAACAAGGAUUUUUUAAAUAAUUUGUCAAUAAUUAAAAACACUCUAUUACAUUAUAAGAGUGUCUUGAUUAUUUUUAUGAACCAGUCAUUGAUUCAUUAACUCUCUGUAGUUGUGGUGCAAGAUCAGGUAAAAGAUAAUAUAGCUUUUAACAACAAUCUAAUUUAUUAUGUAUACAUUUACAAAGAUUCUUGAAUAAAAAUUAAAAAGAUAAAAAGCAUGUAUCUUUUCCAAUUAAGGAUCAUAACUUUUAAGAAUAUUUUAAUGUAAUAUUUUAUUUAAAUAAAUAAUAGCUAGAAUGUGAAUAGAAUUAUAGACUUUUUGGAAUAGUCGUGCAUUUACAUGACUUAGGGGGAGAUCAUUUUGAAACUAUCUUAAAAUUUCAAAAUUCACAAUUUAUUAGCAUUAAAGAUGAAAUCAUUGAAAUAGUUUCAUAAAAGUAUGUGGAAGAAUGUGAAGCGUUAUUAUUAUUUUAUGAAAAAGUAGAUAAUUAAAUUGAUCUCUUUAAAACAAGUCUUCGAAAAAACUUAUAAAAUUAACAUAAAAUGAUAGCAAAUCAAGAAUUGUAAUUAAAAGAUGAUGAAUUAUGUUAUUUACCACAUUUUUGGUAUGAAUAAUUUUUAUAUCUUGCGAAACCACCAUAAAUAAUUACAUCUCAUUUAAUUUGCCCUCAUAAUCUCUUAAAACCAGAUUAUUGGGAUUACAGAAUAGAAUAUGAAGUAAAAAUAUACUUAUUAUAUUAAGAAUGCUAAAUCAGUUUAAUAAAAUUCUCAAUUAGAUUCUAAUACAAGUUUUAUAACAAUAGGUGAAGUAUAGAAUUCUAAUUCUCCUGCUUACAUUUUUGAGAGUUCUGCCUAAAAAUAGUUACAACUCACAUCUAUCAUUAUUCCUAAGGCAGUUUGUGAAUUUUUAAUAGAAAAAUAUGGAGGAGGUCCAAUUAUUGAAAAGAAUAUUAAAACUUGUAGUGCUUGUAUAGAAUAUGCAUAAUAAAUGAGUAGAAGAAGAAAAUUAGAAAGACAACUUAUUAUUAAAUAUGAAAAUCUUUAAGGUUAUGAAAGAAUCUUUGUUGUUCACGAAGAGUGGUUAAAAAAAUGGCAAAAUUACCUUUAUAAUUCAAAAUCUAUUUUACAAAAACAUAGUUUAUUUGGUUAUCCUCCUCCUGGAGAAAUAUCUAAUUAUUUAUUAUUAGAUAAAGAUUAACAGAUUAUAUAAUAAAAGAAGGAAGGUUAACAUUUUCUUAUGAUCACUGCUCCAAUAUGGCAUAUUCUAUAAGAAAUAUAUGGAGGAGGUUAAUUAUUCAAAAUAAAUUAGGUCCAACUAUUUCAAUUAAUCCUUUUCAAUAACAAUAUGAACCAUUUAAAUUAUAAAUCGAUGAUUAUCUUUAAAUUAAAGAGCUCAAAACCUUAUAUCAAAAUUGUAUCAAUCAAUAUAAAUCUGAAAAUUAGCAAUGA